AUGUUGCUAGGAUAUCGGGUUGUCAACAGAAUGAGCCUCCGCCGCAUUAAGAAUGAGAGAGAAACAGACCUAAGGUCCCGAAGAGAAGAAACCGAAUUGUCCACAGAUACCACUUUCUACAGAAGCUGUAUUCUGGGGAAGAAGAUGAGAGAAAGUUGGAAAGAGCAAGGAGGGCUCCAAAGUUCUCCUCCCAAACAAAUCUCUUCCCCGUCCUCUUCUUGGGAAGCCGCUUUACUGAAGGGCCUAAAGAGAGGGCAGCAAGCUUACCUCAGCAGUAUCAUGAGGAUUUAUGACAGUCAGCAUUUGAGGGAAAAUCUGCGCCAACAGUACGUCUUCAAUCUCCAGAACCAGUGGAGACUGGGAUACAUUACCAAAGAGGAAGUUGUGAAUCGCACGGUUUUCCUGGACCGCUCUCUCACACCUAAGAGGGGCCUCAGCAAGAAGGCGUCCUCCAAUUCCCGAAAACCGCAGUCAGCGUUCCCAAUUUGGACGUUUAAGAAGCCGGUGGCUGUUCAGGAGGGCGCGGAUCACCGCUCCCCGGACUCCGGCAAUGAGAAGACUCUAAUGCCGGGUGGAAGAAAGUGAAUUACACUUUGUAAUUGUAAUUUGUAAUUGCCAAUUUGUACUUCCCAAGCGCUCAGUACAGUGCUCUGCACAUAGUAAGCGCUCA